GCCCCUCAGCUCCUCUUCUUCCCCCUCCCCUCCGCCUCCUCAUCUCCCUCCCGCUCCUGGGAAAGCGAAGCCGCCGCUGAAGGGGUGGCCGAGGGAAGCGCUCGCGGUCUCGGGGAGGGGACCGCCUCCGCCCCCUGGGAGCCAAGAGCACGGCCGAGACAGGUUACAAAAUGUCCUCCUAUGCUUGAAACCUGCAGACUACAUGUUCUUCAAGAACUGAUCAGUGGUUUUUCAUCUUCUGGAAGUAAAUUAAAAGCAUAAAUAUGGUGCCAAAACUCCUUCUUCUCUGAUUGUGGUUGAUUUGGACAUACUUCUGUGCUAAAGAGAAGUAUACACACUGAGGUCACUCAUUGUCCAGAGACUACCGUGCAGGAUCAUGGACCAUUCUAACAGGGAAAAGGAUGACAGACAGCGGACAACUAAAGCCAUGGCACAAAGGAAUACACACUGUUCCCGACCAUCUGGCACCACAACAUCCUCUGGGGUUCUCAUGGUGGGACCCAACUUCAGAGUUGGCAAGAAGAUAGGGUGUGGGAACUUCGGAGAACUCAGAUUAGGAAAAAAUCUCUACACCAAUGAAUAUGUAGCCAUCAAACUGGAACCAAUAAAAUCACGUGCUCCACAGCUUCAUUUAGAGUACAGGUUUUAUAAACAGCUUGGAAGUGCAGGUGAAGGCCUCCCACAGGUGUAUUACUUUGGGCCAUGUGGGAAGUACAAUGCCAUGGUUCUGGAGCUCCUUGGCCCUAGCUUGGAGGACUUGUUUGACCUCUGUGACCGAACGUUUACUUUGAAAACGGUAUUAAUGAUAGCCAUCCAGUUGCUUUCUCGAAUGGAGUAUGUACACUCAAAGAAUCUCAUUUACCGAGAUGUCAAACCAGAGAACUUCUUGAUUGGCCGACAAGGCAAUAAGAAAGAACAUGUAAUACACAUUAUAGAUUUUGGUCUGGCCAAGGAAUACAUUGAUCCUGAAACCAAAAAACACAUACCUUACAGAGAGCACAAAAGCUUAACUGGAACUGCACGAUACAUGUCUAUCAACACGCAUCUUGGCAAAGAGCAAAGCCGGCGAGAUGAUUUGGAAGCCUUAGGCCAUAUGUUCAUGUACUUCCUUCGCGGCAGCCUACCCUGGCAAGGACUCAAGGCUGAUACAUUAAAAGAGAGAUAUCAAAAAAUUGGUGAUACCAAAAGGAAUACUCCCAUUGAAGCUCUGUGUGAGAACUUUCCAGAGGAGAUGGCAACCUACCUUCGAUAUGUCAGGCGAUUAGACUUCUUUGAAAAACCUGAUUAUGAGUAUUUACGGACUCUCUUUUCGGAUCUGUUUGAACGGAAAGGCUACACCUUUGACUAUGCCUAUGACUGGGUUGGAAGGCCUAUUCCUACUCCGGUAGGAUCAGUUCAUGUCGAUUCUGGUGCAUCUGCAAUAACUCGAGAAAGCCACACACACAGGGAAAGGCCAUCACAGCAACAGCCUCUUCGAAAUCAGACUACAUCAUCAGAGCGCCGAGGAGAGUGGGAAAUCCAGCCCAGCCGGCAGACCAAUACCUCAUACCUGACGUCUCACUUGGCCGCAGACCGCCAUGGGGGUUCAGUACAGGUGGUUAGCUCAACCAAUGGAGAGCUGAAUGUUGAUGACCCCACUGGAGCUCACUCGAAUGCACCAAUCACAGCUCAUGCCGAGGUGGAGGUAGUGGAGGAAGCUAACUGCCUGAAAAUGCUCAACCUGUGGUGCUGCUGUUUCUUUAAGAGAAAAAGGAAGAAGACUGCUCAGCGACACAAGUGACCAGUGCCUCCCAGGAGUCCUCAAGUUCUGGGGACUCUGGCUCCAAUUGCACCUGCAGCUCCUGCCAUUUCUCAUUGGAAGGGCCUCCUCUGUCGGGGAGGGUGGAGAUCCAAACCAAAAAGAAGAAGACAGAUGUCCCCAGAAGGAGCCAUGCAGACAGCCAGGGCCCAGUGGGCCAGUGGCAAUCCCCUCUGUCUGAGCUCUGAGCGGGUCCAGAGCUGCUGCUUCUCCACUGCUUGCCCUUGGGCUAUCUGGUUGACUCUCUUCCCAUUGUUUACAGUGAAGGUGUCAUUCACAAAAACUCAAGGACUACUAUUCUCUUCCCUCCUCUUCCUGGUUUUGCACCACCCUCAACCCUCUCCAGCAUAAAAACUACUAAGCUAAAGACUGCUCAAGAAGCUGGUGGUGUGGCCAAGAAGGUGGGAGGAAGAUGACGACCCUGGACUGGAGAACUUCUCCCCUUCCCAGGCAUGUCUGGAAGUGUGGCUUCCUCUCUCUCUCUCUGCCUGGGUAACCCCCAACCCAGCUGGCCACAGGGUUCAGGUCCUUCCUUCCCUCCCUCCCUCCCUCCCUCCCUCCCUCCCUCCCUCCCCACCUCCUGUGAAGUUACACUGUAGGACACAAGCUGUGAGCAGUCUGCAGUCUACUGUCCCUGUGUGUUGGCGUUCUUAGCUUUUUUGACAAGCAAAUCCCUUGCUCCGGACUGUAGCGAAACAUGCCUGUGGUUCUGAGCAAAGGAAAGGAAACUGACUUUAUUGCACUUUUAGUUUUUGGGGUUUUGUUUUUGUUUUAUAAACAACAUGGCAGAUGCAUAUUGUGUCUGGUUAUAUUGGGGGGGGUGCUUUUUUCUGUUUCAAGGGGAUGGGCCAGCCAAGCCAUUCAGAGAAAACAUGGGUCCAGAGGACAUUAUUGAUGGAAAGAGUCUGACUUGCAGCACUUGGAAGAGAAGAAGCCAAACUCUGAGUCAUCCUGAGUGAAUACUAAGGUUGACAAGGAAACAUACUUGAAUUUUCGUUCAUCUUUUUCGCUGCAGAAAAAAAGUCCCUACCACAGCCCCUUGACCUAAUCAGCCUAGAGUUUGAAAGCCCAGCUCCUGAGCACUUGGGAUGAGCACCAAGCCAGACUGUGACCAACCAGAAGGCAGCUCAUCUCAGAGAGGAGAUCCUUAACAACAACAGCAAAACAAAAUUUCUGUUUCCUCCACUGCCAGGGACUUCCUACUAGAUAGCCAUGUGACUUUCUGUUGACUCGAGGGACAAAGUUGAUGACUAAACAGCCACCACCAUAUUGCCAGUAGUGGACAAAAGAUAGCAACAAAUUUGCCUUCCAACUGCCAGAGGAGCCUCAGGAUGCAGCAUCCUAGGGCCAGGAAAAGAAAAUCAGUAUGUCGUGUCUGCUCCAAGUAAGUUAGAACAUUUGGCUGGUCUGCCUUAGAUCAAGCCUGUGGUGAUCUUGGAGCAGGUCCAUAGCAACAGGCUUAGAACUUGGUACAUGGAGCUGCAGUAAGCAGGGAAGGUAAGAUUGGUUGGUGCUGGGAAAUUUCAGGGAAAAGGAAACUGUAAUGAAAGGUCUAAAAUUUUCUUUUAACAAUUGAACAGAGACUCUUUCCAGAUAAUAUGACCCCCAUAUCUUAGCAUGUUUUCCCCAGGACAUACUCUCCCUGCCACCAUGGCAUCUUCACUGGACAUACCAUCAUGAAGCAUCACUGGUCACAUGGUUAAGAGUGUGUGGGGUUACUCUUCUCAUGUUCUAUUUUCACUUGAGAUUAGUGGCAUUUCCAAACAGUGACUUCGUAUCCUAGUUGUGGCAAGAAGGAUUACUUAUGUGGGGAAAGAGAUGUUGUAUCUGAUAUAAAGAGAUGACCGCAUGGACAGUGGCUAGUGACUUAGUGCAGCACAGAACGCUUUGCUUGUAUAUGUAGAGGACUGGAAGGCAUCAGGAUACUUUGUGCUCAUGGAUCAAAUGUAGUAUCAAAUGAAGCAGACUUUGUGGUCCUUACCUGUUCUAUUGGACCUUGUCUAGGGAAUCUCUCUUCACUGGCUUCAAACCUGCUCAGCGUUUGUAAAGAUUGCCACCUGGCCAUUUCUUUACAAGAAAUGUUUUUGUCUGUGAAACAGAGUGGCAGAAAGAAGCCAGGUCAAACCCCUUCCCCGUAAGGAAUUUGAGUAUUAGGAAUUGCUUCCGUUUUAUUAGGUAAUAGUUAAAUUUCAUCACUGAAACUUAUAUAGUCCCUUGUUUGGCAUGUGGGCAACUCUGACUUCCCCUACAGAAACUUAAAAAUCCUCAUCCUAGGAAAUGGUGGCAAGGCCUAGAGCAUCCUGGCACGUUCUGCCACACUAAGUGCCUCCCCCACCCUGCUUCCACAAUAAAACAAAGAUAGUGACCAGCUUGGCUCAGGGUGGGGUGCCCUGCAGCUGGGCUUAAGACUUCUUUUUUUGUCUUAAAAUAUUUUUAUAGGCUAGCUCUUGAGGGGUUGAACCUGAGAGGUUUGUGGGUGUGGGGGAGGCUCUUUCCUAAUGCACUCUUGUCAUCCUCCAACCCCCACAAAUCCCUUAUUAGAUACUUGGUCUUUGUAGCAAAGGUCCCUUUAACAUGCAGGGUGGUGGUGAUCCUUUCAAGGCCAUUGACACUCCAAGGUAGUCCCAAAUAUAAAGUGAUUCCCUUAAGGUGUUCCUUAAUAUUUAAAUAUAACUGAACUCCCCAGAAACAAUCUGCUGAUCAUUUCCAGCCCCUCCAGCAUACCAGGCUUCAUGCACACACUGUUUCUGUUAGUUGCCUGACUGCAAGCUCAGCCAGAUCCUCAGGCACAGGCAUUCCCUCCAUCUCCUUGCAUCUGAGUCCACUUUCUCCAUCUCAGUUAUGACACUUGAGGACAGUUUUGUUUUUUUGUUUUUUUUAGGAUUAAUGCAUUUACUUCCUCUUAAAACUAACUCAUCUAUUCCCUGAGAUAGAGGCCAUUUGAUACUAUCCUAUUUGAAGUUUCCUUAAGCUUUGCUGUCCUUGAGGCAGUGCAACCAGAGCAGACUUAAGGUGCAACCAGGCCAGGGUUAUACCAAUGUGUCAAGUAUCCAAUCAUACAAGUGGAUUUUCAGAGUUCUCACUCCAGACUUCCCACAAGGCUGCACUCAGUGUGCCAGCAGCUGGUGAGCACUCAUGACUGCCUUAAUUAACAUUCUUCUAUUUUGGGUCUGUCUAGGAGCAAACAGGGUCUGUGAUGGUAUGUGUAAGUCAGGUGACUAGGUAAGUCUCCAGUUAAAAUUCCCAUUUCAGUUGGAACAAACUCUGGGAGACAGCAAGGAUCCUAAGGUUUCUGAAAAUGUUAGUUUCCUGACUAUUUUUAGUGAAUGACAAGAACUCAGAAACAGCCUGUGUCCAUCAGUCAGAUGGUGCCCAUCCUCUGUAAAGUAACUUCCAGUUUAGUUCAGAGGAAAAGUGUACUGUAGUGCUUACUGGUGUUGAUGUUCAAUGUUAGCAGCCACUUGUAAUGCCAGAAGUAUGCAGCAAUGGUAAUGUUAUGUUAAAGUGGUUGCUAAGGAUCGUAGCCUUAAUUUAAAAGAAUAAUGUAAAAGAUAAUCCAUUCCCCUCCAUGGUGAACCACCCUGACUGCAUUUCUCAAGAAUAACUUCCACAGAAACCUAGGAAGCUUUUCCUCAAAGGAACUUGGUCUUUCUUUCAAUGCAUCCCUCCCAAGCCCACAUGACUCCUGUGGCCCAGCCACCUCUUCCAUGCUCAUACUGAAACCAGUUUUUCAUUCCUGUUUAGUUGCCCUGGUAAUGCUUUGUCCAGUGUCAGUCAUACCAAGGCUUGAGUUUUUAAGACCAGAAGUUUACAUGGUCAUAAAACCAACAUUGCCUUUGCCUGGUCACUGCUACCAUCCCUUCCAUUGCCCCAAGUGGGCAAGUUGUUUUCAGAGACCCUCAGGGAGCCAGGAUAUCUAGGUACCCAUCUGGAUUGGCCAUGUGGGUGACAACCACUUAUCUCCGGGUUUCUUAAUUUAGACUUCAAGGAAGUCCCAGAUAGAAGAAGUUGAUGGCCAGUGAUUCCAGCCUUCCCCAUGAUGGGUUGGUAGGAAUUAAGUUAGAAUUCCUUUGCUUGUUGGAUGAUUUUAUUUUAAGGGGGUUAGUUUUUUAUUUUGACAAAGAAGAGGUCACUAUGACUUUUCUGUGAGUUUGUAAAGUUUUGAGCAGUGUUUUCAUCACCAGUCUUGGGAGUCUCUGAUCCAAUAACCAGUCUUAAAGUGUUUUUCCUAUUUUUGCAGGUAACUAAGUACAGAAGAAUAGAGUUCCUAUUGUAUUCAAAAUAGUAAGUAGACCCCCGAAUAUAGGCAAUCGUAGUUGACAUAUUCUCUCAAAAACAAAAAAACCACCAGGAAACCUACUCCAGUAUUUACAGAUAAGCUUAUCAAGGGAAAUUUAAAAAAAGUAAACAUGCACUCCAUUUUUCUCUAGUUCAACUACCAAACUUGAUGUUAUAAAGAAACCUCAGUUGUGUGGACAGCAUAUCCCCACCCCACCCCCCGUCUCCAAUCACUUUUCUGGUACCAUCACCACCUUUAAGGUCUCAAAGCAGAAGAUUAUCUGUGGUAAUAAGCCAGAGUGCACUGUAGUCAUCCCAGCGACACACAGACGACUGCCAUCCUGACUGCCUCCAAACUCACCUUUCAGGGCAGGUGAAGGCUUGUGGUGCCCCUCUUCAGAAACUCUAGACCAAAUCCCAGGCCAGUCUGUGCACCAGAAGCCUUUUAGAAGGCUUGCAAGUCUGUUAGGAGUGUCUCAGGAAACACAAGCCAUUUCUUGGGGAUACAUGUAUUUACGCUCAUCUGUGUGUGCUAUUCUCUCAGAGACUGUGACAAGUGAGCUGCUCAGAUUAGUGAGUAAGCUGGCUCUGGGAAGGAGCCUUGUUUAUCAAGCAGAGAACAGCAGAAAAGAUGAAACCAAAAAUCUGUAACCCUCCAAUGGAAAGUAAUGUUGAUACAGCAAUUCCCAUUGGAUACAUUACACUCUAAUUUAUUAUUUAUCUUUUUUUUUUUUAAGUUUUACCCAUUGUACUCUUUAAAAGAUGUUGGGAUGUUGGUUGCAAUUUUUUUUUAAGUAGAUGAUGUAUAAAUCAGCUGUGGAAAUCAAUUUUAAUUCAUGUGUGGAUGUUUCUAGUUAUUGUUAAAUGCCUUUUUUCUACUUUUUUUUAAGAUACAUAACGUUUCAUAAUUCCUGGCACUGGUCAAAAAAACAAAAACCACAGCUGUGAAAAAUGAAACUUGUAGUAUUUUUUAAAUGAAUGUCAAUUUCGAGUGUAUUUGGAAUGUUUCCUCCAGUCGAGAGAUUUGAACAACACUGGGGAAGACUCCUCUGCAGAGGAGGUAGUCUUUGGGGAAAAUGGGAUGUGGAUCUGGAUGUGUUAUCUCACAGUAGCCCAUUUCAUAGGGCGCCAUGAACAACACAAAUGUGGUCUUUAAGUAUACCUCUUCCCCAGCUUGGGGAAGAGAAGACUCAGUUUGCACCCUUUUUGUAUGUAAAAUAAAAUGUCCUACCUUUCUUGACUACUUUUA